AUGUCCGAAUACCAGCGAAGUUUAUUUGCUUUAAAUCCAAUGGGGUUUUCACCAUUGGAUGGCUCUAAGCCAACCAACGAAAGUACUUCUGCUUCCACUACCACUGCUAAACCGGUUGUUGGCCAAUUGGUUUUUGAUAAAUUUAUCAAGACCGAGGAAGAUUCAAUGAUUAAGCAAGAUGCCCCUUCAAAUCUUGAUUUUGAUUUCACUCUUCCACAAACAGUAACAGCUUCUAAUACUGAGGCGGUUUUGCCAAUUCCUGAAUUAGAUGCUGCUGUGGUAGAGUCCUUCUUUUCAUCAAGCACCGACUCAACUCCGAUGUUUGAAUAUGAAAACCUAGAAGAAAAUUCUAAAGAAUGGACUUCUUUGUUUGAUAACGACAUUCCAGUUACCACAGAUGAUGUUUCAUUGGCUGACAAGGCAAUUGAAUCUACUGAAGAAGCCUCUUUGGUACCAUUUAAUCUGGAGGUAUCAACGAUCUCGUUCUUGCCCACUCCUGUACUAGAAGACGCAAAAUUGAGUCAAACAAAAAAGGCCAAGAAACCAAAUUCAAUCGCUAAAAAUUUUCAUCAACAUCAUGGAAAUGAUGACGAAUCAAGACUAGAUCAUUUGGGUGUUGUUGCUUACAACCGUAAGCAGCGUUCGAUUCCAUUAUCUCCAAUUGUACCGGAAUCCGGUGAUCCUGCCGCUCUAAAGCGUGCUAGAAACACUGAAGCCGCGAGACGUUCUCGUGCAAGAAAGCUGCAAAGAAUGAAGCAAUUGGAAGACAAAGUUGAAGAGCUACUCUCCAAGAAUUAUCACUUGGAGAAUGAGGUUGCCAGACUGAAAAAAUUGGUUGGUGAAAGCUGA